AUGUUUGAGUGGAGGCAGAGGGUCCAAAGUGGGACUGUCCUCUCUCUCUCUCGCUCUCUCCUCUCGCUCUCGUUCUGUGCAUUGGGAAGAGUGAUUCCUAAUCGCGGAAGGGAAUGGGAGGGAGAAGUGCCGUUGGACUGGCUGAGGCCACCGAGCAGACUCGUGACGUCACCGCCCAUCCACCCCAGCCGCGUCGAAGCCUCUUCCAGUCUCCGCCUCGGGAAAGAGGAUCGUCUCAUCCCCGCAAAGCCUCCCCCCGAGUCAGUGACCGUCGAGAGCGGGACGCACCCGCAUCCCCAUUGCAUCGUCUCGUCUCGAUUCCCUCUCGUGGCAGAAGCUCGGCACUCGGCCCACAUCGAUGAGGCCUCUCGUCCCGCUUUCCGCCUUAAAGCGGUUUCCUCGUUCGUGGUUGCACGUGCCGAGAGUGUCGAUAUUGGAGCAUCCAGCGAGAAUACCAGAGUGCCCAUACCGAGUGUUUCCCAGCUCAGUGGUCCCCUAGCGCAGUGGUCCCUUAGCGCAGUGGUCUCCCGAGUGGAUCCCAUGAGCGUCACGGGUGUGAGUGUGGAGGCGCACCAGUUGGUGACAGUCGUGCCGAGACGCACGGGCUCGGGGGGGCAUCCGCUGGUGACGAGCCUGGAGAGGAGCGUGGGUGCAAUGCCCCCUACCUACGCCAACUGCUCCUCCCUCAACAACUACAUUCCCGACACCGAAGAAAUCAUCGAAGCGUUGGGGAGCGGGGGAGUGUCGCUGUACGCCGUGUGUGCCCUGGUCUGGGUCUUCCUCCUCCUCAUUUACGUGGAGGAGACCCUGUAUCUUCUGAAGAGGCUACCCGCCGACCAGAAGAGCCCCACCCUCUUCGUCUUGGCUGCCUAUCCGGGUGUGGGGUUGACUUCCCUUCUGUCCCUGAUCGUGCCCAAAGGAACCGACAUCUACUUCUCGGCCGGCCAAAUGUGGCUGUCGGUGGCAAUGUACCAGUUCCUUCGUCUCACCCUGCGGUAUUACGGAGGCGAGAAGGCCAUGCUGGAGAGAGUGUCCUUGCAGGACCUCCCCCUGGGCGCACCUCCGUGUGGCUGCUGCUGCCGCUGCUUCUGCCCCUCCAUCCGCGUCACCAGGAAGGGGAUCCUGUUCAUGAAACUGCUGAUCGUCCAGCUGCCCUUCAGCCAGGCCGUUCUUUACCUUCUCUCCUACACCCUCCUCUUCACGGGCCAUUACAACAAAUCCAAGGUGUCCCUUUCGGACGGUUUCAUCUACAUCGGGGUCCUCCACGUGGCGUCCACGAUGACCUGCAUCUGGGGAUUCGCCAUGCUCCUCGGAGUCUCCAGGCAGCAUCUGAGGCAUCUCUCGUACACGGGGAAGUACCUCGUGCUCUGGAUCAUCCUCGUCCUCAAGUUCCAGGACGUGGCCUUCGCCGUCCUCGGCUCCUUCGGCGUCUUCCCCUGCUUCUUCCCCGUCUCCCCCACCGUAUUCGCCAACCUGAUACUACAAGCCCUGAUGCUGGGCGAGCUCCUCCUGCUAUCGCUGAUCGCAAGGUACUUGUACUUGAAACCCCCCAUCCCGUUGGAAGCGGAAGAUUCCCAUUGCGCUCUCAGGCCGGAGAUCUCGAGCGCCAUGAACUACCGAGCCGUCUCCUCGGAUCCGCUCAACCUGGACGAUUCCUCGGGAGACCAGUCCAAGUUCCCUAGCUUCUCGUCGCCGUCCAUCAUCUGAUCCCUCUGGAGCGAACCGCAUGACCCAGGGGGUGGACUCGAUCGGGUCCGACAACCGUGUUUCUCAUCCGGCAACCGUGUUUCUUCGCCGGCCGAAGAAGGAAUCGUCGGCUCCAGUGCAAUUUCGGCGUCUCUUCGGUCUCCGUCCGGUCGUAGCGCUAGUUCGAAAACGUUCGGACCUCUGCUUAUCUGAUCCUGGCUCUUUUAUUUGUGUGCGUGUAUGUUUUUUAAGUCGAUGGUCCCGGUGGGUAAAUCGUUGGCCUCGUUUUCUUUUAAAAUGGAGCGGAAGGGAAAGAUAUGAUUUUGGCUUCCAACGGAAUGCAUGUCUUAACGCCCUGCACAAAGCGGGUGAGUUGCUUUCCGAGGUUUUUAACUCGAACAAGUUCCGGUGAAGAAAAUUACACGGAGACUGCUUUUUAAUUUGCGUGCAUCCGGUAAUUCUUUCGCCGCGUGUGUCUUCUGAGAUUUUUCAUUUUUUCUCCUUUCGUGUUUUUGAGUACAACAUGAAUAUGUGUGAUUGGGGACCAAAACCGAGUUUCGGUCCCUAAACCUAGUCCAAGCUGCUCCGUGUGUCAUAAACGACUCAUUCUAUGAAAUGAAUUCCUUCGUCAUCUGAUUACCCUCGACAUUUCCGGCUCGUCGGAAGGUCGGCUCGGCACAUCGCACGCGUAUCGGUGUACACGUGCACGCACCGCCAAGUCGGUCUGCCGUUUCGUGCGGUGCCAGCGUGACUGUCGGCUUCUUGUCUUGCGUCUUUUCCUAGGGUCCGUGAAUCCGAAACUCAUAUCUUGAAAUUAGAAAUGUGACCCCUUGCUUCAGGACAGGCUGAUAUUAUGCAAAAAUGCCAGCUAAUGCUGAGUCUCGCAUCGACUUUCAGAUGCAUGUGUUUCCUAAUGCGGCAUUGCAAUAGAAGCACGUGAGAUACUAGAUGUCAUGCAAUUUAAUUCAAUUUCAUGCAAUUUCAUGCAAUUUUAUACGAUUUUAUGCGAUUUCAUGCAAUUUUCAAUUGUUUUUUUAUGAUUACUUUAAGGAUGGAACAUCUAUUUCGUCUUGGUCAUCACAUUGACCAAUGAAAUUACACUGGGCAUUAAUGCUAAUAUAUGUUAAUUGAAGGGUCCUUUAUCGGAGCGUGUUUCUCACUCGGUUUCGUAAAGUGCUUGGCAUCACUUGAAACAUUCGUGAUUUAUAUGCAUGUAACCUCAUAUAUUACAGUCAGUAUUACACAGGUGGUUGGCGUGUUAAUGUCAUGAAUGUGCCAUGCGAUUAAUCUCGGUAAAUCGGUUGUGUGUGCAUUGCAUGAUUUUUGCCGUAUUAAUAAAGGUCAUGCUGCCCCGUUGAAAUCUCAGAACCUGG